UGCUCAAGAGCUACAGAGAGACAAGCUUGGAGAGCUGAGAGGGACACUUGCUCACCUUGACACAGAAAGCGGAGAAGGGACAAGGCAGAGACCAUGGGACGGCAGAAGGACCUCCUCUCAGCCAUCGGCUUGAGGCUGCGGAUCAGGAAUAGACUUGUCCGUCAGGCCCUGGCUGAGUGUCUGGGAACCUUGAUCUUGGUGGUGUUUGGUUGUGGUUCAGUGGCCCAGUCUAUACUCAGCGGUGGAAAAAGUGGACAGUUCCUGACCAUCAACCUGGCUUUUGGCUUUGCUGUGACUCUUGGAAUUCUGAUCGCUGGACAGAUCUCUGGUGCCCAUUUGAACCCUGCUGUCACCUUCGCCAUGUGCCUUAUGGCCCGGGAACCCUGGCUCAAGUUGCCUAUUUAUGCCUUAGCACAAACCAUCGGGGCAUUCCUAGGAGCGGGUAUCGUCUACGGCUUGUAUAUUGAUGCAAUUUGGGAUUUUGGUGGGGGCCAGCUAUUAGUCGCCGGUGACAACGCCACUGCAGGGAUAUUUGCUACUUACCCGUCAAAGCACUUGACCCCCAUCAAUGGAUUUUUUGACCAGUUCAUCGGCACAGCAGCCCUGCUCGUGUGUGUCUUGGCUAUCGUGGACCCCCACAACAACCCAGUCCCCAAAGGACUGGAGGCUUUCACCGUUGGCUUCGUCAUCUUGGUCAUUGGAACAUCCAUGGGCUUCAACUCUGGCUAUGCCGUCAACCCAGCUCGAGACUUUGGACCCCGUCUCUUCACUGCCAUUGCUGGCUGGGGCUCAGACGUUUUUACGACUGGCAAGGGCUGGUGGUGGAUCCCCAUUGUGGCCCCUUUCCUCGGAGCCACGGCUGGCGUGCUGGUCUACCAGCUGAUGAUCGGUUGCCACGACGAACCGCCUCAGCACCACCUUCACCAACACGAAUGCGAUGAGGAGGAAGCCGUCAAGCUGUCCAAGGUGAAGCAGAGGGACAAUGUUUGAGGCUCCCUGCAGAAGCGUGACCACCCCUUGGUGUGCCAAUGGACUUUUUUUGCUACAAAAACCAACCAAAAAACCAAAAAAAUAAACAAAGGACUGAUAGAACCAAAAAGAAGAGAGCAAGAGGACACACAGUUAGGAAUUUCUCCUCCAGA